CCAAGGAUCUCAAAUGCAAAAAUUCCAGUGUAGCUAUGGUAUAAAUACUCCAAUUUAAUAAACGUCUACUUCAUGAAAGCAUGGAAAUGCUUAUCGGAAAGUCAUGUGUUACUCACAACACUGUUCAUCGUUAUAAUGCGUCUUGAGAGUGACUUAAACUCACUCAGCAAGUACAGGGUGUGGUGGCAUAUGGCUGUAAUCCCAGCACUUGGGAGGCUCAGGCAGGAGGAUCAAGAAUUUGGGCCUAGGCUGGGCAAUUUAGUAGGACGCUGUCUCACAAUGUUAAACUAAAUUAAAAGAGCCGGGAUGUAACUCAGUGGUUGGGCCUCCAACAUUUGCUACCUACCAUGGGAAAAAAGAACAAGGAAUUCAUAUUGUUCAUGACAUUUCACCGUCGCAUGUCCCUCGCGAUUGCAAUGAUUGGGCUUGUCUCUACAACCUUUGAGAUGUACCAUCAGCUCUCUGAGCUCUGGACAUGUAUUAUCUCUUGUAAUCCUUGGAAGUAGCCCAGAAGGUAAAUCAUGCAAUCAGCCCCAUUUUACACCUAGGAAGUGGAGGUACAGAAAGAUUAAAUGAGACGAAUAGUCAUGAGUUUUCUUUCUUUUCACCCUUCAUUGCAGUCUGGCGUCUUCUGGCUGUGUACUUCUACCCCGUGUCUAGUCAUUUGAAAACCUCUAGCUUCGCCUUCUCAUCUAGAAUCUAGCACCUGGUAGACAAGACCUCCAUGGAUCCACGCCAGAAAUGGAAUCCAGGGUUGAUUUCUGGAUCUUCCCAGAUGCCCACCGCAGAGACCUCCCAAGAAGGCACAGCAGCCUCUCAGCCUUCCUCCUCAGAGCAGCUAAUGAUGGGCCUCGGUGACCUGAGCCUCAGUCCUGGCUCCAACCCCGCUGUGCCUGUACAAGAGGGACUGUUCCAGCAACAGUACAGGGAAGAGAAGACUCUGCUGGAGCAGCACUGGGAAAGGCUGGGAUUCCCUCAGAAGAAGAAGGCACUCCUGGGGCACUUCAGACGCAGGCACCGUGAUCACAUGGCACCUUACCCAGUCGAAAGGGAAACCAGCAUCUCUUUCCCAGGUGAUAGAGCUCAGAAUCGAUUCAGAUGCCAAUGUCGAUACUGCCAGGGCCACAUGCCAAAUAUUUCUGGGGUCGCUAGGGAAAGGAAUGGGACCCCUAGUCCUUCCUCCUGGGAAACCCUUGUGCAGGGUCUCAGUGGCUUGACCCUCAGCCUGGGUACCAACCGGCCUGGCAUUCUGCCAGGUGGUGUGCAGCAGCAGCAGCAGCAGCCACAGCCACAGCCACAGCCACAGCCACAGCCACAGCCACCACAGCAGCCUCAGCAGCAGCAGCAGCAGCAGCCAGUGCAGCAGCAGGAGUCAGAGGAAAAGCGCCAACUGGAGAGGCAGCAGGAAAGCAAGAACAUGUUCCAGCGGCUGUUUAAGCAGUGGUUGGAGGAGAAUUGAGAAGCUCACCCUCAUGGGACAAAGACCCUUAGGGAUUCAGACAGUACUGUGUUGCCAGCUCUGGGGAGGGGGGCUUCUUUUCGGGACCAAACAGUUGCUAUCGGAAGAGGAGACCCGAGACCUGUAUUAUGACCAAGAAAUUGCGCAUCUUUCCUGCGUGUCAUUUGUGGAGCACUGAGAGGCAUUCAGGGGCAGAGGAGACUGCAUACCAGUGUUCCCCACCUCCUCUCAUCUGGUUCCCAUGCCGCGUGUGUCAGUUUUCCAGCCUACAUUUCCGUCUUUGCUCCUUAACUUGUUUUCAGGGAGAUAUCUUUAUAAGAUGUCUGUGUAGUGUGAAUGCCUUGUUGAUGUCCAUGUGCUGUUGUACCAUUUUAGUGACAGCCCCCCAGGAGCAGAGCUAGGUCUGCUUGAAAUGGGGUUGCUUGACACAGAUCUAGGUACAAACAUCUGCUGCCAAACAAAGUGUGGGAAAGGGAUGUGGAACUGGAACUUGAUGGUUCACCAUUGUACUGUCAGUAUAAACUAUUAUGACUAUGAUAAGCUGACUGUAUGUGUUUCCCUGCCGCUUAGCAAUCAAGUAGUAAUCCCCCAUGCAAGACUUUCGCCUGGGUUCCUCAUCGCUAACACCAAAUAAAUAUGUGUGUGAAAGGAAAGUAACAUUAGAAUGCAGAAUCCUGUGAUGUGCACUCACCCAGCCAGGGACCUGAGAUUUCUUCUGAGCCCAAAACAAUCUGCAUUGUGUCAGUCUCUUUUUAGGGAGUCCCCAGGACUGCAUUGCUGUACAAAUCUGUGUCUCCUGCUGGUAGAAGUAUCUUGAGAGCAGGUAAGUUUCUUAGAUUGGAACUUGGGAUCUCAUUAGAGAGCUUAAGAGCUUGAGAGUUAAGACAACUCUGCCAGGAUUGUCUCCUAGGUCCUCCUAGGGCAGCUUUUCUUUCUUGAUAUGCAUAGGCCUAAAAUCAGGACAGUGAUUUGGAAGUGUGUAGAUGGAUAGCAUAGCAGUACACUUUUGCGGAUGUUUACUCAGUGUCAGAGUCUCUUUGUAUUCUUGAUGGUUCACUCAUUUCAUCCCGUCUCGUUGACCCAUCGUUUAGCAACAGUUCCAGGUCCUCAUUAGGGAAUGUGCCAAGGUCACACAGGCAUCAAGAGGCCAAACUGGCAUAUAAGCUUAGGCAGGCUGCAUUGUAGCUGGUAGAACUAACCCAUUCUUCUCUGUGAGAGCUGGGGUGACAUGAGGGUCCCAGUGGCCUGAGGGGACAUUUCAUUCUUAUAAAGAACCAAGUCUUCCUGAGAUGUGAUGUUGACUCCUCAACUGCGAGGUGAAGUAGAGAGGUAAGUACUCUCACUUUGCUGCAAGUUCACAGAGAUUGUGAAGUACUGGGUAGAGACACAACCUUUUGCCUGACCCCUCAAACCCCAAACCACACCCUGUAUACUUUCAAGGCCAAUCUGUUAGCCAAAACAUUUCAUAGUGUCCGUGAUAGUCAAGCAUUGAACCAAUCACCAAAGUUUUCUCACUUGACUUCUCCCCAUUUUGUGCCCUGCUGACUUUUGCAGUGUGGCAUUGAAGAGGAAUUGCAGGGCUUGUCCUGGUCCUCCAGUAUUGAGCAUUACAUUAAUUGGGCACUGUCUUAGUCCAUUUUCUCCUGCUAUGUCAGAAUUAUGUGCACUAGGUAGUUUAUACACAGAAGAAGUUUUCUUCUACAAUUCUGGAGACAAAAGAAGGCCAAAAUGAAGGUGCUGGCAUCUGAUGUCUUUUGUGGGCCUUCUUACUGAGUCCUUACAUGGUGGAAGAUUCAGUGGCCUGGGUAUGGGGUGAAUAUUAUGUUCUCAAAUGUCAGUGGAGCCAAACUGACUCCUACAAACCCUCUUCUUAGCUCUAUACAUUCAUGAGGAUGGUGCCCUCCUGACCCAAAUAUAUCCCCUUAAGCCUGACCUAACACUGUAGCCUUGGGAAUCAAUAUUCAUUGUCACUCCUGGAGGUAACCAAAACAUUCAAGCCUUGGCAUACACCAUGGAUGUACCUACUACUGAGCAUUUGAUCCUCUGUGUGGCAUGGAUUACCAGGACAUUAGAGUGGAAAGAAGGAUCCCCAUUGGGUGAUGAAGACAUAGCAAGUUUGCUGAAGUAUUGCUGUAGAGUGAAUCAAGGACUACCCGAGAUUGUGUGGGAAAUGCCAGAGGUCAUAAGUAAAGCAGUUGGCCACAUACCAUAUCUCCAUCUUCAAGUCUUAAUCUGCCUCCCCAUGUCUGGGGCAUAGCAGAGGAUCUGGAGGUGACAUGUAAUACAUUAUCAAGCUUCUGACUAGGACUUAGAAUCUGGUGUUGUCUGAUAAUAUGCAACAUGUCCAGUUCUAGACUAGGCACUGAAUUAAAGGCACCAGCAGAUAAAAUACUGCAGCAGAAUAGGGUUAAAAUGGAAUGCCCUAGAGGCAAAUCUGGACAGAUUUUAAACCUGAAAGGAAAUGGAAAGAGGAAAUGAAAAACCUGUCAAUUGAGAGGUAAGGCCCAGAUAUUUUCAUGGGUGAAUUUUGUCUGACAUUUCAAGAAAAAGUAAUACCAAUCCUUCACAUACUAAUCCAGAAUAUGAAAGGGACAUUUCUCAAUUCAUUCUUUGAAAAUAGCAUUAUUAUGUUAAUAGACAAGGACAGCACAAGUAUAUUGCAGACUAAUAUGAAUCACGAAUAUGCAACAAGUCUGAGAAAAUAUUGACAAAAUCUAGCAACAUAAUUUCUGCUACAGAUAUAUGGGUGGUUAACAUUCAAAAUCAAAUAAGGUAACACACCCUGUCACUAGAAUAAGGAACAUAAAUCAUAUGAUCAGCUCAACAGAGAAAAAGCAUUUGAGAAAAUCCAAGACCCAUUCAUAAUAGAAACACCAACAAAAUGGAGAAAAAAAAGGAAAAUUCUCAACCUAUAAAAAGCAUCUACAACUAAGCUAUAGCUGUCAUAAUAUACUCAGUAAUAUAGUGAAAGAAUACUUUCCCCAAGAGAAUGAGGCAGGGAUGUCCACCCCCACUGAGGACAAAAAAUAAAUGCAAAUGUACAUAAAAUUAGAUGGGAAAAUACAUGUCCACAUGUAAACUAAGGAUUUUACUCAAAAUUCAGGUAGAAACUUAAUCCUCAAUUUGAGAUCAGAAGACAUGGGAGCAGGGAAAUUUAACAGAUUAGUGCUCUGCGUUCUUAAUGGAUUAGUUCAUUCAUUCCUUUAAUAGAUGAGUGGAUCAACUAGUCAGGAGGUUAAUCUGGAUAAUGGGUCUCAUGAAAACCGGUUUAGCUAGUGCUCUAUCCCGUUCCUGUCUCCCUGCCACAUGAUGCCCUGCUCUGCUUGGAGACUGCCAGCAAGAAGACCAUCACCAGGUCCCAAAAUAAACCAUUUUACUGUAUACCUUACCGUUUUGGGGUAUUGUGUCUUGAGCAACAGAAAACAGGUUAAUAAGACAACAGGAUAUUAAGAUAUUCGUGGCUCAUAUUUCACGAUGACCCAGAAUGAAAACAAUUUAAUGUCUGUCUAUUGGUGAACUGAUAAAGCAAAGAAAUACAGUAGAACAUGACAAAACAUUGUGGAGGAACAAAGUAUUCAUACAUGCUGCAACAUGUUUGAACCUCAAAGAAAAAAACUUUGCCAAGUAUAAAAAAACAGACACAAAAAAAACAUUUAUUGCAUAUGUAAGUUUAUAGGAAAUGUCCAGAAAGGGCAAUUCCACACGGACAGUAUAGAGACUAAGAACUGCAGCGACCUGGACCUGGCAGUAGUCGUGGCUGUGACGUGGGAUUGGAUGCGCAGGCUCAGAACCUGCCAAUCCUAAAACAAGCUCAGUGGGGUCCUUCCCCUGAAGCCCUGACAUCCAGCUGUUGUUGCUAUGGUUCCUGGUGCAGGACUAGAAGGCUUCCUUACCUGGCCAGAACCAUUCUCUGGGCCUUUUGGGGCUGGUUCUAGUAUAUUCUGAGAUCCUCUCCUUCAUUAGGAUUGUAU